AUGUCGGGUAAUUCGUUUGACGACUUCGUCAGACAGCAGCAGCAGCGGUCCAAGGGAUACGCUUAUCGUGGGAACACCCGGAAUCAAAGUUUCCAGAACCCUCAAGGUCAAGCUGCUCAUAGUUAUAACUAUAGCAACCAAGUGUUUGUGCCUGAAGGACAACACCACGAUAGAGGCAACUACUACAAUAAUAAUAAUAUCCUAUAUGAUGGCUCAUACGAUUCUACACCCACUACGUCGAUGCCCACCAGUAGAUCUACUACGCCCAAUCCCAAUGCUUCGACCACGUCGUUGAACACGGCGUUGGGUAAACUCAAUCUCUCCCAAACCCCUAUUCAAGAAGAGCUUGCGGCCAUUGAAAAGGCCACCAAGAUCGCCGACGUCAAGAGUGAAGUCGCCCUGAUCCUCCAAAAGGCUUUGGAGGUGGGUGAUGGCGAUUUACUGUGUAUCUCCGAAUGGAAGUUGUUGGAAGUGCUCAAGACCUUUUGUAAGCCAAAGAACAGUGCUUUGGUUAGAGAAGCUGCUUUGAUCUUGGUGCAACAGUUGGCAGUUACCUUUGGAGGCCAGACUCCAAAGGAAGCGUAUUUGCUUCAAUUCUUGCCCGUCGCCUUGGACAUGUUUGCUGAUAAAGAUAAGAAUGUGGUUAAGGCAGCCAAAGCUGCUGUUGAUUCCCUUUAUGGAGUCUUCCCCAUAGAAGCAUUGGGAUCCAUAGUAUUGGAUUCUAUCUUGGUGUAUUUGAAAUCUUCGGCCAAAUGGAACUCGAAAUUGGCGGGGUUAUCCAUUAUCGAUAAAAUAACUGAUGAAGUACCAUCAGACAUCUUGGAAAUGAGAUUCAUUAAUGGGAUCCCGGUGUUAACCGAUAUGGCAACUGACUUCAAGCCAGAAUUGGCUAAACACGGGUUGAAAUCUUUAAAGAAGUUCAUGAAGGUUUUGGAUAACUUGGAUUUGGUCAAUAAAUUUGACUUGAUUGCUGAUACUUUGGCUGAUCCAACAAGAGUACCAGAAUGUAUUAAGAACUUGUCUUCUGUAACAUUUGUUGCUGAAGUCACAGAACCUGCGUUGUCGAUCUUGGUACCAAUUUUAGAUAAAUCUUUGAAAAUGUCAUCUUCCUCCAAUGAACAAUUGAGACAAACGGUUUCUGUUACCGAGAACUUGACCCGGUUGGUUAAUAAUAAGAGAGAAAUCGACUCUUAUAUUCCAAUUUUGUUGCCUGGUGUUGAGAAAGUGGUCAACAAUGCUUCUUUACCUGAAGUCAGAGAAUUGGCUUCUAAGGCUUAUGCAGUAUUGAAAGAUGCCGAAGCAGAACAUGCAGAUGGGAAGUUCCACGGUAGAAUCACUUUGGAGCAAGCUAAAGCAUUCUAUACUCAAAACAUUGAAGAUGAACAUGUUAAAGUGGUUGAUAGUCUUCAAUUACAAGAUGAAGUCAUUGGCAAUUAUUUGUAUGUUAUCUUACAAAUUGAUGCCAAUGUAAAUGAUUGGAAACGUCUUAGGGAAUACUUGCAUAUGGCCAUCACUUUUGAGGUUGAAACCACUAAGGAAUCUUAUAUCAAUACUGUUAUCAGUAAUUUAAGAUCUUUAUUCACUCCUGAUGCUGCGCAAGCUUCUGAUGAAGAUGAAGGCAUCAAAAUUGUGGAUGCUGACUUCUCGUUGGCUUAUGGUACCAGAAUGUUAUUGAACAAGACUAACUUGAGAUUAAUUAAAGGUCACAGAUAUGGGUUAUGUGGUCGUAAUGGUGCUGGAAAAUCCACUUUGAUGAGAGCCAUUGCUAACGGUCAAUUGGAAGGUUUCCCAUCACCUGAAGAAGUGAAAACCUGUUUUGUUGAACAUAAGUUACAAGGUUCAGAAGGUGACAUGGAUUUGGUAUCUUUCAUUGCUUCUGAUGAAGCCUUAGAAGGUAUUUCCAAGGAAAAGAUUGCUGAAGCCUUGAAGGAAGUUGGAUUCCCAGACGAAAGAUUGGUUCAAAACGUUGGUUCAUUAUCUGGUGGAUGGAAAAUGAAAUUAGAAUUGGCUCGUGCCAUGUUAAUGAAAGCUGAUGUCUUGUUGUUGGAUGAACCUACUAAUCAUUUGGAUGUUGGUAAUGUUAAAUGGUUGGAAGAUUACUUGGUUGAACACACUGAUAUCACUUCGUUGAUUGUUUCCCAUGAUUCUGGAUUUUUAGAUGCUGUUUGUACCGACAUUAUUCAUUAUGAAAAUAAGAAAUUGGCUUAUUAUAAGGGAAAUUUAUCUGAAUUCGUUAAGAUCAAACCAGAGGGUAAAUCUUAUUAUACCUUAUCUGAUUCUGUUGUUCAAAUGCAUUUUCCUCGUGCUGGUAUGUUAUCUGGAGUUAAGUCUAACACUAGAGCCGUUGCACGGAUGUCAAAUGUCACAUUCACUUAUCCUGGAAGUGAUAAACCUUCAUUAAAGGAAGUUUCUUGUUCAUUAUCAUUAUCCUCCAGAGUUGCCAUUUUGGGACCUAAUGGUGCAGGUAAGUCCACUUUAAUUAAGUUAUUAACUGGAGAAUUGGUACCGGAUUCUGGUUCUGUUGAAAAGCAUCCUAACUUAAGAGUUGGGUAUAUUGCUCAACAUGCUUUACAACAUGUGGAACAACAUAAGGAAAAGACAGCCAACCAAUAUUUGCAAUGGAGAUAUAGAUUUGGUGAUGAUCGUGAGGUGUUAAUGAAAGAAUCAAGAAAGAUUCUGGAUGAAGAAAAGGAACAAAUGGAAAAGGAAAUCGAUAUUGGAGAUGGUAGAGGGAAAAGAGCCAUUGAAGCCAUUGUUGGUAGACAAAAGUUAAAGAAAUCAUUCCAAUAUGAAAUCAAAUGGAAAUUUUGGAUUCCUAAAUAUAAUUCAUGGGUCCCCAAGGAAGUGUUGAUGGAACAUGGAUUCGAUAAAUUGGUUCAAAAGUUUGAUGAUCAUGAAGCUUCCAGAGAAGGGUUAGGAUAUCGAGAAUUGAUUCCAUCUGUUAUUAGAAAGCAUUUUGAAGAUGUUGGAUUAGAUGGAGAAAUAGCUGACCAUACCCCUAUGGGAUCAUUAUCCGGAGGACAAUUAGUUAAGGUUGUCAUUGCUGGAGCCAUGUGGAAUAAUCCUCAUUUGUUGGUCCUUGAUGAACCUACCAAUUAUUUGGAUCGUGAUUCCUUAGGAGGCUUAGCCAUGGCCAUUAGAGAAUGGAAUGGAGGGGUGGUGAUGAUUUCCCAUAACAACGAAUUUGUUGGUGCCUUAUGUCCUGAGCAAUGGCAUGUUGAAAAUGGUGCUGUGAUUCAAAAGGGUGUGGUUGGUGUUGAUAGUAGUAGAUUUGAAGAUAAUGGAGGUGAAGCAUCAAAGGAGGCAUCUCCAGCUCCAACUGCUGCUACUUCUAAACGUGCGGAUGAUAACGAUUCACCUGCUAACAUUAAGGUUAGAAUCAGAAAGAAGAAGAUGACUAGAAAUGAAAAGAAGGCUCAAGCUGAAAGAAGAAGAUUAAGAUAUUUGGAUUGGUUAUCAUCUCCAAAGGGAACACCUAAACCAGUUGAUACUGAUGACGAAGAAGAAGAUUAG